UCCGCCCUGCCGAUCCGCCCUCCCCCCCCUCUGCACGAUGGCCGACGACAAGAGGAAGAAGCUCGCGGCCCUGGCUGCCAAGCGGGCUGCCGAAAACGCAGCCCAAGAAAAGAAGACAUCCAAGUCUGCCUCGGCCAGCUCGAAAGCCGUGUCCAGCCCUUCUUCCACAAACUCCACAGCCUCAAACCGGGCUGCCUUGAAGCGCGAGGAGGAGCUUGAGCGCCGAGAGCGACAAGCGUCUCGCACCCAGAACCUGGACAGCUACGACGACGGCGAUGGGUUCAUUGUGAACAGUGACGAGGAAGAGGAGGAGGAGGAGGAGGACCGCUUUUCGGACGAAGAGGAAGACGAAGAGGAAGACGAAGAGGAGCAACGCAAGAAGCGAAAGAGAUCCUCAAGCUCCAAGAAAGACAAGAAGCCGGAGAAGAAGGCGUCCAAGAAGUCCAAAAAGUCCAAGAAGGGAAGCGACUCGGACGAAUCGGACGAAGAAGGCGACGAGGAUCUCGACGACGAUCUGGACUUCCUGAAUCAGAGCGACAUCAUCACGACGGGCCGCCGCACCCGAGGCAAGAAGAUCGACUUUACCCAAUUCGGCCCUGAUCCGGAUGACAGCGACUGAUCGCUGCCGCAGAGACACUCGCGCCGCAGUGUGUCGACGACAGAAUAAAGAUCGGACACAAUUGAUUCUCACGA